AUGAGUGUUGAGUGCACGGCGCACUUCAAAUCGAGGCUAGAACUGGGUCAAAAAGCUUCUUCACGACCGACCUCAUCGCUUAGUGACACGAGUGGCGUCAGCACAAUGAGCGUAACUUCAGGACAAAAGACGAAAAGCGAAACGGAAAGCGCUAGCACUGAUGGACCGUUGUCAACCGAUUCACCGGUGAAGGAGCGGAGAACAGAUGAUGAAUUAAUAGUGACGCCGAGGUAUCUGUAG